AUGAGGUGUAUUGCCCUGACAGCUGGCCUCGGCCUGCAUGCCCGGUGUCACGAUGCCGGCCGUUCCGCACUGCACCGGCAACAACGAACUAGAGCCGCGGAUGCGGAGUGUCCGUCGCUGCCGCUAGAGCGGCCUGCAUUCGUCGUGUUUCUGUCUCGUCUGCAACAGGAUUGCUGUGCCAGUCGAUAUUCGAGGGAUCGCGGGGCGAUGUCGGAGCCUCCGAAGCCCCCCGCUGCGGGUGGGAUGAUCGUGGGCCAGAAGGGCGUGAAAUACGGGCUCUCAGUGCCGAUUAAGAAGAAGCCUGGCUUCGCUGGGCUCGUAGCACAGCGGCAAGCGGCGAGGCCACGCGCCGUGGCGACGGCGUUCGCCCCGCUCGACGACGACUCCGAGGAUGAAGACAUGAACGCGAAGCUUGCGCGGCACCAAGAGGCGGCGCGGCGGAAGGCUGCGAAGAAGAUCCGCGAGCAGGAAGCGAAGGCCGAGGCCGAGGACCCGACGAUCUUCGACUACGAUGCGGCGUUCGACUCGAUCGCGGCCGCGCGCGACGCCCCGAAGCACGCGGAGCGCGUGAGGCGCGAGUCGAAGUAUAUUGCCUCUCUCAAAGCCAAGGCUGAGGAGCGGAAGCGCGAGGAGGACCUGCGGCACGAGCGGCGCGUGCAGCGCGAGCAGGCCGCGGAGGACCACCUGUUCGGCGACAAGGAGAAGUUCGUCACGGGCGCGUACCGGAAGAAACUCGAGGAGGACAAACGGUGGCUCGCGGAGCAGGAGAAGCGGGACCGGGAGGAGGAGAUGGAGGACGUCACGAAGAAGAAGGAUCUGGGCGAUUUCUACGCGAACCUCGGCCGCAACGUCGCGUUCGGCGGCAUGGCGGGCCUCCGCGAAGAGGACAAGGCCGCUGCGGUCCGCCGCGAGAAGGAGAGGGAGGCAUCCGCCGGUCCUGCGCGGGCAGCGGCGCCAGCGGCGCCAGAGCAGCGAGCGCAGGCGGAGCCGCCCCGGCCGGCUGCCUCCGGCGGCGCUGAGCGGCCGCGGUCGGCGUCCCCACAGGCGAGGCCGGAGCCCGCGCGAGAGGGCGGGGUGGCAGGUGGCGCGGAGGAGGGGGCUGCGGCGGGCGGCGAGCGGGCGGCGCCGCCGGCGGCGAAGCGGACGCGGGAGGAGCGCGAGGCCGCUGCGCGGGAGCGGUACUUGCAGCGGAAGCGCGCGCGGCAAGAGGGGGGGAGUUGA